AUGAUAGCAUCGUCGAUGGCUGGUAAGCCCAAGCUGUUUUUCCUGCAGGCCGGACAGGGCCACGACAAGAUGGAGGCUGGGGAGGUCCCAGAACGCGACGCGCCAGAGCCUUUAAAAGACCCUUUUAAUGAUAUAGAGGUAGGUGAGGUUCUGCCAAACGAGGCAGACUUCUUGCUAGGCUACGCAACAGUUCCCGGUUACGUUACCUUCCGUAGUAGGAACCAGGGCACUUGGUUUAUUUGUAAGCUGUGUGAAAUGCUGGGAAAGUAUGCACACAGGGAACACCUUAUCGAGAUUCUGACAAGGGUUAACAAAGAGGUAGCCAAGCUCGACGCCAACGUUGAUGGUGGCAGAUUCAAACAGGUGCCAUCACCUAUGUACACGCUGCGAUAUAAACUCUAUUUGAAACCUAUGAAAUAGACCUGUGGUGAUAGAUGGAUUACUUUUUUUGCUGCCUGUGAAGUUUCCUUAGGCAGAGCUAUCGUGAUACAACUUAUGUAAUCAAUGUGUAAUGUUGCUACAUACAAUUGCUUGUGGGACUUAAACUUCGAUUGGAUUAUUUGUAGCAUUUUGUCUUUUUACUUAAACUUAAGUCUAUUAUUUGUGGACUUUCAAACUGAGAUAGAGUGAGUAGAGAUACAUGUUUGCCACAAAUGAAAUACAAUGAAACCUAAGAAUUUCAUAUUUUCGGACACUUUAACAGAGACAAAUUCAGUAGAGAUACCUUAAGAACCACAAUUAAAUAAAGUUUGAUU